AUGUUCUCCUGGUGUCAAGGCAGCGGUAAUAAGAGCAACAAGGAUGCUCUACUAAUCGAGGGCACGGAAAACGAUAGUGGCAAGCCCUCGCUGGCGGAAGUGCUGGCGUCGAUGCAGAAAACGCUGGAAGCGAUACAGCUAAAAGACGAAAGGGUGCUGGCGUCGAUGCAGAAAACGCUGGAAGCGAUACAGCUAAAAGACGAGAUGCAGAAAACGCUGGAAGCGAUACAGCUAAAAGACGAAAGGGUGCGAAAAAAUUCCCUCAAAGUGACAGGGACCUAUUUCGCGACCCACAGGGAGAUUUGGGGGAAGAAACGGGUCAAGGUUGAGCAUACCAUGGGCGCCAAAGCACUGGAGUUAAUCCAGAGUAGAAUCAAUGAUUGGAGUCCUACGUUCCGCAAGCACUGCCAAAUGCCUUCUAAGGAAGACAUAAAAGGGGAAAUUCACAUACCCAGGCCAGAGUGGAGGACCGACGAAGCGAAAAGGGUAUUCUUUUUUUCUCCCCAGGCCUCGUACAGCAAUAUCUUCUUGACACCGGCGGCCGGGAGACCAAGUGAUAGUUCUCCUACGCAUCGCUCUCUGGCACAUUCGGCCUCCGCGAGUCCUAAGUGCUCGGUUUUCUGGACCUAUUUUCUAGAGCUAUUGACUGGCGAAAACAAAGUCACAAUGGAAAACGAAGACGCAAAGCUACAGCGUUUCUACACAGUUCAUGGUCUUUGGAAUUUCAGCAUGGCAGAUCUUGGUGAUUUCCAUAACUAUGAAUACCAGGGACUCAAAAAUUUGCCUCAGAACUUGCUGGCCUUGCCACCCGAACACGAAAAGUUUUACGAUGGGACGAGAGGUGACAACCUCAUUAUCGUUCCCAUCGUUGACUUGGACCCAUCCCGCGAUCCAAACGGAAAUUAUGGUAUCAAUUCCCAGUACGAUCUACUUGUCAUUGGGAAAACACAGGCUGUCUACAACUGGAUUUACAAUGGAGAAGUCCCUUCAAGUGCAAGCCCUUAUUCCCUAGUGCUAGACAGAUCAGUUGAAGAGGCGGUGCCGGAGGAUAUAGAAAUUGCGAGAGCCUUCUUGGAAAAGUAUGCCAUUGCAGCAGCUCAUCUUGGUCUCCAAUCCUUGAAACCUGAUCUUAUCUCAACCGAAGAAACUGGAUCGCGGGGAAAACCCACCUAUGAUGCUCUUUGGGUUUCGAAGGUAGUUGGUCAGACUGUUGCUCAUAAGAAGCAACCAGAAAAUCGGUCGCAGGAGUCUGCAAAAUCAGCGGCUUCGGGAAAAACUGGGAAAACAUCGCAGGGAUCCAAGAACGAUCUCCUGGUCAAAAAUAUAGAGAGAGCAAAAACUGCCCUGGAGAGUGUUGAAAACGACGGUGUUUGGGUGCCCACUUCACAAGCCUCUUUCGAAGAUCACAAAGUUAUGAAAGUCAAACUGUCCGAGUAUUUGGAAACUUGUGGGCUCAAAAAGGAGCUUUACCCAGCUUGGAGCUUGCUAGGGUUCAAGGCUCUUGCCAACUUUUUGGUCUAUGCCGAUCAGCCAUUUAUUGCUGACUGCGAAACCUGGGACCCACCACGCAACGACCUCCCUGUUGCGUCCAUUGAAAUCAACAUGGUGAGCGACCUCGAAGGUGACCUGUCCGACGAUGAGGCAUCUGUUUGGAACGAGUACAGCAGUGCAGACGAACGCGAUGACCAGUCUAAGGAAGGUUGUGUGACCAGCCCCCUCAAGGUUUCGCCGACUGCUGCUGUCGUGACACCAGAAAAAAUGAAUGCAGAACAAUACAGGGAUGUUCGUUCUCGCGAACUAGAAUUUGAAUCGUGAUCGCGAAUUAGGAGACCGUGUGCGUCGGGGCCAGUCAUUUUCGUCGGGGGCCAAUCGAGUCGUGUGGGUCUAAAAGGGAACAUGGCGAUAUUGAAAAAAUGAUUUGAUUGAUUUCCACCCCUUUGAAGCUUUGAGAAGUUGCAUUUGUUUCGAUGAGGUUCCGUUAGCCUUAAUCUUUCUAGUUUUCUGUUUUAUAUUGGUUGGGUGCCGGCUAAUAUAACCUUGUUUUUUUU